UCAAAUUUUUAUUUUGUUGACUUUAGAUUGACAGUUUUUAAUUGAUUGUGACUCUAAAUUGAUUGUUUUUUUAUCUUCUAAUUGAUUGGAUUUUAGUUUAUUUUGUUAAUUGUUGAUGAUCUGUGGGUUAACAAGAUGACGGAACAAAAUUUAACUCUCUCUUUGGUCGCUAAUUUUGAUGAUCUGGUCCGUCGUUUGGUUCCUUACAAUACCGAGUUAACUGAUUUCUCUAUUGAGAUGGUAAAAUUGAUCGAUCAAUUAAAUGAUCAACUAAAUUAUGCUCAAAAUGAGGUGAAAACGUGUAAAGAAAAAAUGAAUCUCUUGGAAAUGGAGAAUCGACAACUUGAUGCCAAUCUGAAAAACACUCGGGAAGCUUAUAAAAAGGAAGUCGCCAUGAGAGCCUCCAUUUGCCGGGAAAGAGAUCACAACAAUGGAUUAAACAAAAUCGAUGAGGUUAACUUUUCUAGUGAAUGUCUUUCUGACAAUGAUUUUGACAAAUCAGAAGAUGAUUUGGAUGAACCAGCUAAGAAGCAAAGAGGUGAGAUAAGAUUUGCAAGUAAUCAGAAUUUAAUUCCUCCUCCUGUCACUACCACAACCACCACCGUCACAAUUCAAAGUAAAGUUGAUUUAAGUAAAUACAUGAGCAAUCCAACUCUUACACCAAUAAAUGAAAAUGCACCAAGACCAGUUCCAUUUCCAAACAGUCAAAGUAAAAGUCGAAUUGAGAAUAGAGCUCAUUCAUUUGCUCAGAAAAAGUUAUUACGAUCCAACGAAACUUGUACUGUUUGUUCAGGAAAAUUUGGAUUCUAUUCCAAUUAUUACCGAUGUAAUGAUUGUCGCUCUUGUGUUCAUCUUUAUUGUAAAAGUAAACUUCCCGUACCUUGUGUCCCAUACGCAACAUCCAAUCAAGUAGGGAAAAAAGGUCGACUAAUCACCAUCGCUGAUUUUGUUAAUCCAAUUGCCAGACCUUGUAUUCCUGCUCUAAUUAUUCACUGUUGCCGUGAGAUUGAAAAAAGAGGCUUAAAUGAUGUUGGACUUUACAGGAUACCCGGAAGUGAUUCUGAAAUAAAAUCAAUGGUAGAUAAAUUUCUCAAAUCUAAAAGUGGAGUUCCUCCUUUAUCAAAUUGCGAUGUCAAUGUAUUGACUGGUAUGAUUAAGAAUUUUCUUAAUCGUCUGGAUGAACCCUUGGUUACCCGAGUUUUAUGGAAAGAUUUUGUGGAUGCAGCUAAAAUGGAAAACCUCGAAGAUCGUAUACCUUAUAUUGCUACUGCCAUCUCGGAACUACCUCUCGCUAAUAAGCACACAUUGGCCUAUUUAAUGAUACAUUUACAAAAGGUUAUCAAUUCACCGGUUUGUGCUAUGACCAAAGUUAAUAUUGCACGAGUUCUUGGUCCAACCAUAAUUGGAUUUUCAAGUGCAACCGGACCCGUUACCGUUGCUUUAUAUGCUGAAAAUUCAUCACAAAUAAAUACAAUGGAAGCACUAUUAAGUCUCCCAACAGAAUUUUGGGCAAGUUUAAUUGAUGAAUCGGAAGUAACUGUACCAACACCAACCUCAGAAGCAGUUAGUAAACGACAAUCAAUUGGUUCUCGAGUUGUUGGUGGAUCUUUACAAUCACAAGUUUUAAAUCCAAUGACAGAUAGAAGACAAAAGAAGCGAACCCUUUUCAUGUAAAUGAUUAAAUACACGGAUCAUUACAACCAACUUCGGUACCAUUACUCCAGGCCAAUAUAACCGAUGCUUGAUUCGACAAGAAACAUUUCGUUUGGUCAAGUAGUUUUGGAUGAGACAAUGAGCUAUUUGUGAAUGUCCAGCAAAAAGUUUCACAUUUCAAAGGAUUAUCUAUAUAAAUAAACAAAGAAAGUAAUCAAAACAAAACAAAACAAAACCAACAAUAAUAAUCCAACAAAAUACAAAAUUAAUUCAUUUUGAUUUACACAUAACCAUUAAAUUUUGAUAAUUGAAAGAAAAAUAAAAAUGUACAUCAUCCGAAAUUAAUAAUUAAGCUCAAUUAAUAUUACCUUUAAUUUUUUGUUUCUUCAAAAUACUUAAAAAAAAAUCAUUAUAAUUAAAAGAUAUUCCAAAUUCACUAAUCA